GAAUAUGAUGUGACAGGAAGAGCUACAUACUUACAGGCUUGUAGGGAUUCAGGAGUUAUCCCAGUGUCAUACUUUCAUCGUAACAUGCAAGAACCUGAAGUUGAUAUUAAGCAUCAUGGUUUGGGUCCGAUGGGGGCAAAGGCAAUAGCAAUUGCUUUAGUGGUGAGUAUUGUUGAAAGGGAAAUAAUACACAUCGUUUUUUGAGGGGGUAGGGGAGGUCAGGCUGUUUACUUUAUGAGGAAAACAGAAUAUAAAUAGAACCAAAAGAAAACUUUAGUUGUUUGAUUCCCCUACCUACUUGUUGCAUUUCCCCCUUCAACUCUAAAGCUCAGUGACAGCCCUGGAAAACUUAUCUUUUUUUUAGGUAUCAUUUUCAUAUUUCAUUGUGUGUUUCUAAGUUAAUAAUAUUAUUUACUGUUUUUUUCCAUAACUGGAUAAUUAUGAUAUUUAUUUUUUUUAUAGCUUUUGUGACUUGUCAGAGAAUUGAGACUUGCAUAAUUUACUAUUAUGAUUAUGAUUAUGAUUAUGAUUAUGAUUGUUAUUAUAUUCUCCACACUACAUGAGACUCAGGAUCCACAGAGCUUAUACCCAGUUUUGUCUUUUUUGUAUUUUUGAAGGCUAAUACAUCAGUGAUCAAACUCAAUUUGGCUGAUAACUGGAUUGGUGCUGAGGGAGCGGGAUAUGUUGCUGAAAUGCUUCGAGAAAACUGUUACAUUUCGGAUCUG